UUUUCUAUCUAAAUAGACAAACCCAAGAAGAUAUCUUGGAAGACAAAAAGACAUGGUUGCUUUUUCUCACAUCUUUUCAAUUCUCUCUCCGUCCCUCCCGCCCUCCUUCUGUGCAUCCUCUGAUCUUUCUACAUCUUAGUUUCACUGAGCUUGGCCCAAAUUACGCCACUGAAAAAAGGCUCUGUGUCAAGAAUCACUUUUAAAGCUGUCAACUUUGGACUGGUGCUUAUUGGGAUCAAGAAAAAAGCCAAGGUGCGUUUCAGCUUUGAAGUUAUUCUGUUGCUACAUGUGGUUUGCAGUUACAAGGAAUUCAUUGAAAUCGUCUUUGAUCAGGUUCCAGUGACCACUGCAUGGCCCUCGUGGCUGAUGUGGCAUAAAUGGGAGGAGAAAUUCUCAUAAUUCUUCUCCAAAUACAUCAAAUAGUUGUGGGGGAUUGAUGUCUUCAAUGGUAGGCCUGAAAGGGUCCCACCGUCCUACCAUAUGCUAUAGGCCUAUACGACCCUCUGAUUUAGAGGUUCUUGAGAAAAUUCAUGGUGACUUAUUUCCUAUUAGGUAUGAGUCUGAAUUCUUCCACAACGUUGUUAAUGGCCGUGAGGUUGUGUCUUGGGGAGCUGUUGACCGCAGUCGGCCCAAUGGUCAGAGUGAUGAACUAAUUGGAUUUGUCACUGCCAGGAUUGUUCUUGCAAAAGAAAGUGAGGUAGAAGAUUUGCUCAGAUUUGAUCCGUCAAAAUCAGACCAAAGACUAGUUUAUAUUCUUACACUGGGAGUAGUAGAAUCUUAUAGAAAUCUUGGCAUAGCCAGUUCACUAAUUCAAGAGGUUAUCAAAUAUGCCUCUAACAUCCCAAAUUGCCAAGCAGUUUACUUACAUGUGAUUUCUUACAACAAUUCUGCCAUCCAUUUGUACCAGAAAAUGUCCUUCCAGUGUGUGCGAAGGUUGCAUGCUUUUUAUUUCAUCAAUGGGCAGCAUUACGAUGCAUAUUUGUUCAUCUACUAUGUAAAGGGUGGUCGAUCUCCUUGCUCACCAUUAGAGCUUGUCACACUUGGGGUGACUUACAUGAGGAGUGGAUUUAAAUCAGUUGUUGCCAGGCUACGGAAGAACGAAGACAGUAAGGUUCCCCAGUGGUCCAAAUGCAAAGAAUCUGGUUGCCUUAUACCAACAACACAGAACAAGAGAAUCCUAAAAAGUGAGGAUACUGGGUGCCAGUUUGUUUGAUGUUUUAAAUUAACCUGGUUGAUAUAUCAUAGAAAUAAGAUCAAAGGUCAUAAAUUAAAUAUGUAUUCUUUUAUAUCUCAUUCCAAUUCUCUCUUUUCUUAAUCUUCCCUUGUUGUACACUAGCAGCAAGCCCAGGAAUAAUGCCUUAUUGUUACACCCAGAAUGUCCUGUCUGUAUGUGCUAUGUAGGUUUUUCAUCUAGAAACUUUUCGAUGUUGCAGUAUAACUUCCUAUCAGUCAGGUUUAUUCUUCUCUUUCUUUGCUGUAGUUCUAUUGAUUGUGUUAUUAUGUGCAUUUGAGGAUGCGUGUAAAAGCGCACACUCCUUCUAAUAUGCCUGCCCCUACCAGGUAUAAGUGCUGA